CCGUACGUCUCCGCCGCAUUUUAGCGACAGAGGCCGUCGUAUCGUCCGUUUUCCUCUCGUCAUACCGAGUCGAACAAAAGCGUUUUCUCGUUUUAUUAUCGUCAGCCAGUCGUAUUUUUAUAAUCCGUCUGCGCAAUACGUUGUACUGUGUAUUGUUCAGUACACUGUUGCUGUACCCUUCGACCUUUGUGAGUCUUCUACAAUAUUAUUAUUACUGCCGUCGCGACCGAGUCGACAUCCACACGUUCGAGACGUCUCGCGUUGUCUGCUCGAUGAACAACGUCCGAUCCAUACAACAUCGUGUGUAUUGUUAAUUUGUUUUAAGCAUACCGUAGUCGCCGAAAAAAAACCCUUAAGAUGACCGCUCUCGCGGGUGGUGCGCGCCUUUGUGGGCCGCUGGCCUUUAUCGGCCUCGUCGCACUGUUGUCCACCGGUGCUGUGGCUGUUUCUGAAACGGUCAUUGUCCAAAGACACGUCCAAUUACUCGGCGUUCAAGAAUGCACGUUUGGUCCAUCGUUUUGGUGCAAAAACAUUACUAACGCUGCUGGGUGUAAUGCUGUCCAACAUUGCAUUCAAACAACUUGGGUUUCACAGACUUAUCCAGAAGAUAAUGAUGAUAUUUGUACUAUUUGUAAAAACAUGGUGAAAGAAGCUCGUGACACACUCACCAGUAAUGUCACAUUGGAAGAAUUGAAAGAAGUUUUUGAAGGAUCUUGUAAAUUAUUGCCAUUGAAAGUAAUUAAAAACGAGUGUAUAAAAUUAUCAGAUGAUUUUAUACCGGAACUUGUUGACACUUUGGCUUCACAAAUGGACCCAAAUGUUGUUUGCACUGUAUCCGGUCUGUGCAAUAAUGCACGCAUUGAUAAGCUACUAUUGGAAAAUAAAGAAAAUGAGCAACCAGUUGUUAAUAAAUACCAUCCAUGUGAACAAUGUUCUAUUGUUAUGGACAAAGGAGAACAUUUAGUACAGAGCAUGUCUAGAGAUGAUAUUUUAAAUAAAAUCUUAAUGAUGUGUGGAGAACUGAGCAGUUAUUCGGAUGCAUGCAGUAGUAUAGUAUUAACAUAUCACAAUGAAAUAUUCACUUUUAUUAAAGAUGGUUUUAAUAAACGUAAUGUAUGUUUUUUGAGUGGUAUGUGUUCAGAAGCAUUCCAUCCCCACGCUGAUGGUUAUGAAAAAUCAAAAAAUGUUUUGAUGGGAGUUGAAAUUAGUAAUGCUGGUGAGCGAGGUAGAAUUCAAAUCCAAAAAUCUAAUGAAGUCAGUGAUGAAUUGACUUGUGAAUUUUGUGAAACCUUGGUCAAACAUUUGAGAGAUAUUUUGGUCGCCAAUACAACUGAAGAACAAUUCUCUGACGUACUUAAAGGUCUUUGCAAACAAACUAGGAGUUUUUCAAAUGAGUGUUUGGCAAUAGUUGAAGAAAAUUAUACACGCAUUUAUCAGUUCCUUGUUAACGAAUUGAAUGGAAAAGUUCUUUGUACAAUAGUUGGUAUUUGCCCCAAAUCUCUUGACUCUCGUUAUAAUCUGAACUACAUGAUGCCAAUGUAUCCCAUUAUUCCAAUUGAACUAUUACAAAGUCAAGAAGCUACUAAAAUUGAAGAAAAUGAUUCAUCCACUGUUAAAAAAGAACAAAAUGAACAUAAGCCUACACUUGUUGUGGUUGAUGAACAACCUCCUAAAAUUCAAAAUAUUAAUGUCAUUAAAAAAUCACCAGUUAUUGAUGUAUUCUACAAGGAAAUGCAUUUUGUUGUCAAUGAUGUCAGUAUGCCUACUGAUAAAACUACAUGUUUCUUGUGCCAGUCAGUUUUAAAUUACGUUCAACAAGUAGUAACUGAUCCAAAAUCUGAAGCAGAAAUCCGUUCAGCAUUAGAAAAGUCCUGCUUAGUUGUGCCAUCGUCAUUUGAACAACAAUGUAAACAGUUUGUCGACCAAUAUGGUGAUGCCUUUAUUUCACUUGUAGCUCAAGAAGUUGAUCCAUCGAUAAUCUGUCCAGAACUGAAAUUAUGUCCAGUUACAGAUCUGUCUUUAACUUCAAACAAAGAUAGUGAAAGUUCUAAUAAUUGUCCAAUGUGUGUCAUUUUUAUGUCAGCUUUAGAAUCUGAAAUUUCUAAAAAAGAUACAGAAGAAAUGAUUAAAAAAAAAUUAGAGAAGUUGUGUACUAAACUACCAUCCAAGUGGAAAGGAGAAUGUACAGAUUUUGUUUCAUCUCAAUUAGAAAGUAUACUCGACAUGUUAGUUGCUCAAGUUAAGCCUGAAGAAAUUUGUGUUCUAUUGGACAUUUGCAAACCUAAGACCAUCUCUGAAAGUGCUGAAAACGAUUUAGAAACAAAUAUGAUUGCUACGGCUGGACAAGUUACUGUAGUGUUUCCUGGAUACAAUAUGGGACAAUUAUUGGCCAAUAAUUACAAAAUGUUGGAAGAGCCAAAAGUUCCGACUCCAUUUUGUCUAGUGUGCACUGUUGUAAUGAAAUAUUUACAUAGUGUCAUUAGAGACAAAAAUAAUCAAGAAGAAAUAGAACAUGUUUUAGAUUCAAUAUGUAGCAUAUUACCAAAUGUAGAAGAAAAUGAAUGUCAAUCUUUUGUUGAUUCAAACUAUCAACAAAUUAUUAAGUUUAUUCAAAUUGGAACAGACCCGGGUGUUGCAUGUAUGGCGUUAAUGGUGUGCGAAGAAGACAAAAUCGAACAUAAAAUAAAUAUUGACCUGCCAAAAAAGAAUGUACAUUUGACUACAACAGAAUCAGUUGAAUUGGAUAAAACUGAUAGUUGUUCUGCCUGCGAAGCAUUUAUCACUGUAUUUGAAGAUCGUUUAACCAAUGAUUCAAUAAGUAUUGACGAAAUAGAUUUGGUUGAGCUGUGCAAUGAAGUUGAAAUCACUUAUAAAGACCAGGUCAACGACAUGCUGAACCUCUUAAAGUACAGUUGUAAGGCAAAAUUUGAUAACAACAACGAUUGGCUCAUCAAAGCUUUAAUAGAGAAGUUGAGAACCACAUGCACCAAGCAGUGUGUGGAAAAAAAAGAUAUAAAGUUUCAUCCAAAGUGCACCAUUUGCAAGGAUGUGAUCCAUGAUAUCAAACAUAAAAUUGAAACCUCUCCACUAGAAAAAGAUAUUCAGUACAGAUUAGAAUCAUUAUGUGACGUUCUACCAAACAAGGACAAGUGUGUUAACUUUGUAGAGCAAUACACUGAAAAACUUCUCAACACCUUAAUAGAUGAUGUUAAAGAACAAAGCAUAUGUGCUGAGAUUGGAUAUUGUUGAUAUCCAUAUAAAGAAAAUCAUAUUUUAAGAACAACCCUACAGCUGUUCAUUAACAUUAAGAACUGAUAUUUACUCAAUUUAGUCAUUGAUCUAUUUUUUAUGUUAACUUUAUAAUAACUACUCUUAUAUUUUAAUUAUUUUAAGAAAUAAAUGUACACAAAUUAUAAAAAGAAA